AUGCAGAAGCACUCGUCUCAUCGUGCAAAGACCUCCUGCAACAUAAAAUAUUUUUCUUUUAUUUGUUGUAACCAACGCGGGGACGCUUGUAAUUGUAAUUCUGUAAUUGCAAUGCGCGGCCCUUAUUUAAUGCGCAGCACCACAUUCGCCCCGAAUUCCGGGAUUAAUUUAAAGCUUAAUUUAGGCUCUAAUUCACUGAAACAAACAAACUUGUUUAUAUUUUUAUUUUUGUUUGAACGACGCGCAUGAAAUGGAAGAAAGUUGAAAUGUAGAGAGAAAAACAAACAAAUUACAAGAGUACGAAACCUGAGCAACAGAAAAGUGAUAUAAUAACUUAUAACAAAUAAACUGGAGAAUAUCCUGUGAAACACUCACCCAAGCCUUUUGCCAAGAUGGCCGUGCAGCUUACGCAAAGCUACCACCACCUUCCCUUGACGAUUACACCGAUCCUGGGAGGGCAGGCACAGCAGAUCCACCCGCAGCAGCAACAUGUCCUGCAUCCGGCCCCUAAUCCGCCGCAGCCUCAGCCGCCGGAUCUUACCUUCCACUGCAUGUGCUGUGCCGAGUUCUUUGUCCAUCCGGUGGCCCUGUACCAACACAUGAACGCCCUGCAUCCGAACGAGCCGUCGAGCGAGGAGCGUCGCCGGCGGGAGCGGGAGGAGGAGGAGGCGGCUGCAGCCGGAGCUGACGAGGGCGAGGACUAUAGCUGGAUCUUUGAGCCAGUGUGCGAGCUGGCCGAGGAGGGUGGCAGCGACUCCUCUUCGGAUGAGGACAGCAGCGAUUCGUCCGAGGAUGACGACGACGACGAUGAGGACAACAACAGCAGCUCGGAUGAUGACGAUGAUGACAGCAGCUCCAGUUCAAGUUCGAGCAACUCCAGCUCAACGGGCACCAGUUCGGAGGCCGCCACCAGCAGCAACUCCAACCCGCAAAUGCAGCCACAGCAGAUGCAUUCCAUGCAUGGCUUAAUGGCCGGUCCGGUGCCCAAUGAGUUUCACCUGCAAAUGGCCGAUCCACGGGAGUCCACCUCGAUUAUCAUGCUGCAGCCGUCACUGAGCAUUACGCCGGUAAACCAGCCGCUGCCGAUACCACAAAUGCCGCCAACGGUGGUACCUUUACAGCCACUGCUGGGACCGGACUCCAUCCAUACCCCCAUAAAGCGAAGGCGUGGACGACGAAGCAAGGCAAACGUGAUGACACCGGCAUUGGGCAUCGAUCCAGCGCUGAAUGCAACGAAUCCUGCGGCCCAGAAAUGCUUCCAGUGUACGCACUGCGAGGCAAGCUUUCCGAAUGCCGGUGAUCUUUCCAAGCACGUCCGGUCGCACAUCACCAACAAGCCGUUCCAGUGCUCCAUCUGCCAGAAGACCUUUACGCACAUCGGUAGCCUGAAUACGCACAUCCGCAUUCACAGCGGCGAGAAGCCAUACAAGUGCGAGCUGUGUCCCAAGGCCUUUACGCAGUCCAGCAGCCUGAUGGUGCACAUGCGCUCCCACUCGGUGCGCAAGCCCCAUCAGUGUGUGGAGUGCGACAAGGGAUUCAUUAACUACAGUUCGCUGCUGCUCCACCAGAAGACGCAUGCGGCGCCCACGGAGACGUUCACGUGUCCGGAAUGCGAGCGGGAGUUUAAGGCAGAGGCGCUACUCGACGAGCACAUGCGCAUGCAUACUCAGGAGCUGGUGUAUCAGUGUGCCAUCUGUCGCGAGGCCUUCCGCGCUAGCUCCGAGCUGGUGCAGCACAUGAAGAACCACAUGGGCGAGAAGCCAUUCACCUGCUCCAUCUGCGAUCGCUCCUUCACGCAGUCGGGCAGCCUGAACAUCCACAUGCGCAUUCACACCGGCGAGAAACCCUUUCAGUGCAAACUAUGUGACAAAUGCUUUACGCAGGCCUCCAGUCUGAGCGUCCACAUGAAGAUCCAUGCCGGUGAGAAACCCUAUCCCUGUCCGAUCUGUGGCAAAUCCUACAGCCAGCAGGCGUACCUCAACAAGCACAUCCAGGCGCAUCAGGCAGCAGCGGCGGCGGCGUCGGCGGUGGCCUCCUCCUCUUCCUCAUCACCACCGGGAUUGUUGAUCGCCAAGCAGGAGCCCCAUGAAACCUUGGUCUGCAUUGUCUGUGGCUCACUGCAUGCAGAUGCCACGGCUCUGGCCACUCAUGUGACCAGCCAGCAUGCAGCUCUACUAGACACGAUGAAGCAAUGUCCGGGCGGUGAAGCUCUCCAGUCGGAGGGCAAGUUCAGCCAGGAGGAACAACAGGCUUACAUGCAGCGGGUCCAAACCGUUUUGUUGCAAAUGAAUCAGGAGCAGCAGCAACAGCAGCAAACCGUAUUGCUCACUCCGCAGCAGCAGUUGCCAUCUAUGGACUCUACAGGCGAGGAUGAAGAAGAGCCCGAAGAAGUCGAGGAUCCCGAAGAGGAGGAGGAGGAGGAAAACGAGGAUGAAGAUGUAACUCCAGAGAAUGAGGCCGAAGCUGAAGUUAAGGCUGAGGUUGAGGCUGAGGAGGAAGAACAAAAGCCUAUAAUAAAUCUGAGGGACUCCAUACUCGGUCCGCAGGAGGAGCCGCUGUUCAUGGACUCGGACAUGUAUUACGAGGACUUUGCCGACAUGGACGUGGGCUGCCAGGAGGAGGUGUUCGGCGACUAUGUCCUGAAGGAGGAGGAGGUCUAUACCCAGGAGCUCAUCUAGAUUUAAGCACUAAGUUUGGCCAUUCAAGCAUCUCAAAGGGAAGGUCAAAGGUUUCGUUUAACCUUGUCAAAUUAGCCUUCCUUUUUAAUUUUAUUUAGUUUCUUCACAAUGUUCCUGUUAUGCACACAAUUCCCCGUCACUAGACAACCAAAAGAAGAGUCCGGGGAAUGCUCCAAAAAAUCUCAAACAGUUUACAAGUUUUAAUUUAAGAUUGAUGUGCACUUCUUUUGGAUUGAUAAAUCCGAUAAGUUAUACACACUGUAAAGCAAAUCCAUAGUGUUAACCUGACAUAACAACCUGCGAUGAAAUAGUUUACAAACAUUUACUAGAAAUAUUUACACAAAACAGUUGAUAUUUUAUUGCCUAAUGUUAAGAUUAAGAUGAGAUUUCUGGAUCAUUCCUCCUCGGUCCCCCUUUUUAUUCCUAAGAAUCCCAGCAAAAUUCCACAUUCGACUCUCAUAUCACGUUCCCGAUUAUCUUUUAAAGAUAUUAUAUUUUUUUGCUAGUAUUAAGUCCUUUUAUCUGCGCUGCUCAUUUUACAUCCCAUAAGGGGAACCCCUAGGCCUUGUUAAAACUCGCAAGGUUCCCUCAAUUACACAACGCGUAAUUUUUCCAAAUUGCCUGAAAAGAGAUUACAUUAA